AUGAUUUUUAAAAAUAAGAAUUGAUCAGAAACACAUUCAAAAGUCAGAGGCCAGGAUUUGAACCUGGGGCCUCCGGUGUGUCAUACAGACGCUCUACCACUGAGCUACCUCUGAUUAUAUAUUAAUAUUUGAGCAGCAAGUGAUCUUCAAGAAAUGAUAAAAUUGUAUUUGCAAAUAAAUUAUCAGAAAUCAAAAGCUAUCAAUAAAUCCCAUAAGCAUUUAUUGUAA